CGGGCGCCAAAGGAGCAGCAAGCGCAGUAGCGUGAACAAUAGUAGGGAGUCCACGGUAGGUGCGAAUCAGAAUGCUCGCAGAUCUUCUUCUAUGGCUCUGCUAAUGUUACCAUGGAUCACAACAUCUUCUUGUCAGGUACAUUUCUUAGGUAUACUAGUAGUAGUACCUUGUCUUGCUGUUGAUGUCACUCGCAUCUAGCAUCCAUGUGGACACUUGGUUCUAACAAAAUACUACUUCUAACUCGAGUCUUGAUCCCUUUUCCUUUUCUCGAUCAUGCGUCGAGAGCAGACUGUUUCUUCUAUAGUACUUAUGCUAACAAGAACUAGUACCAGGACUGCUUCCUCUAACAAAGGAAGCUUCCUCUCUACAUGCUAUCAGACUGUUUCUUCUAUAGUACUUAUGCUAACAACUAGUCUCAGUCCCCUCUAAGAAACCAGCGGACACGUCCAAAGAAUUCGUGCUGAUAGGGAAAUACGUAGUGGCGAUUCAAAAACUAGUGGGCCAUGGCGGUUCGGCUGAGGUUUACCAGGUUCUAGACACGAAAAAUCCGUGUACGUAC